AUGGCACACGACAGCGCGCGCGACUUGCUCCGGGCUAGCGUCACCGACGGAGACGCCGUGCGUCGGUACCUCGAGUCUAUCGAGAACCACGAGUUGAACGAGCUACUCGACGGUCUCUCCAGUUGCACUCACAAGGCGAAGCAGCAGCAGGAGAACCGGCAUUUGCCUCAUUCAAAGUGCAGUGUACUCGUGCACGAUGAUUGGCUGCCGCUAAUCCGGCUCCUGGUGCAGUGUGAGACCACACGACUCCGCACGGCGUCUCGUGUUCUUUACGCCUUGCGUCGAGGACGUCCCAGUGAGCUGGAGAGCAUGCAGUUGCUGACUGAAGUGAGCUUGGGCUACUCGAGUGCACUGGACGAACUGCAGGAGGUUCAAAAGAUGACCGAAACAACACGUCGGAUAGUGCAGCGGCAAAAGCUGCGGGACGAGGUGCACGCAGUGCUGGACACGGUCUUUUGUUUCUUGGAGGAGGAAGUUGUUGUUUCUACUGAGGGUGGAAUGGUUGCUGGGAGAGGAGACAAGAGUGGUGGACGUGUUUGCAAUAGCAAUGGGAGUAACAGAAGUGGGGACAAAGUCAAGCUGCUGCCACAGUUGCUGGGACUAGUGUCGUUCUUUUUGGGCCUUUGUGGUGAGCUGCGUAGAAAGGGAGAGCAAGGGACGAGUGAGACGUUGGUUAGGUUGCUGGAGUUGCCGUGGAACUGCUGGACAGUGCCGACUUUGCUGGAUGUACUGGCAGACGAUCCGUCGUUAAUGUCGAGGGAAAGCUGGCAGCAGUUGCAGGAAACUGUCGAGCGUUUGGUGACGACGUCACAGAAGAUGACGAGUGAGACAAUGAAGCCUAUGAUCCGGGAGUGCGUUAUGGUAGCGAGUGUGACGGGCGAACAUAAGUGGAUCGCUAUUGCGCGCUACGUACUACAACAACUGCCCGUGCAGCUGCGACAAGAGACAGAAUUCAAUCUGCAAAUGAGCCUUCGCCAGUCCCCAUGCAUCGUUUCGCUCAUAUGCGAAUCCAUUCGAUCCAGCAGGAUAUCAGGCGUUGUUCCAGAAAACACUGACAGUUUAUCAAAUGGCCUGCAGUGCGGUGCAGCAGGCGUCCAAUCGGGUUGGCGCGAUCUCCUGCUGCUUCUUCAUUCCCUACAGGCAUCAAAGCCAAUUCUGCACCACCGAAUGUCGUCCUCUCGUGUCGCGACCGAAGCAUCUGUGUUUACAGAGAUUGAGCACCUUGCGUGGCUCAUUGUGCACAGUGAUUUCACGGUAUUUACGGGCUCUGCGUCACCGAAGGAGAUACAGUCGCAGGGAGCAAGUAGAACACUCGAGAAGCAUGUGCUCGAUCAAGUGGGGCUUGUGCUAAAUUUUGGUGGCAAGCAGAUCCAUGCUCGCGAAUGGAAGGCACUGCUCUUGAUGGAUAUAGUUUUUUAUUGGAUAGAGCAAAGCGUGACAACUUGUGCUGGCGACAUAACAGCAGCGUCAAAGUCUACGUUGGCCCUGAUACUGUUACAAGCGAUAUUCGAAACGGCAGCAGAAACUCGCUCUGAAGUACUCAGUUGUUUAUUUGAGCGCUCUCGAAAGCCAGCACUGAGAAAGAUUGCUGGCGAAACACUUUCACAAUUGUUUAUUUCACAGUCAACAAAGCUCUUCCCGCACCUUAAUGCGAUCCAAGACUGGCUCAGCAUGCAGUUUCAACGAUCAUUCGACAGCGCCCGCGACUUUUUUUUCAUUGCAUCCAAUUUAGCGACGGUGUAUAAAGAUUUGUAUAGCUUCCUGAUGGUAUUUCUGCGGAAACUAUUGUCAACUAGCAAUCGGCUGCAUCAGCAGUUUGUCGUGGACAUGUGGUGUACGUGGCUUGACCGCCAGCUACCAUUCAAUGAGCAGCAAGAGGAAGAAAUAGUCUCGGCACUUAUAAACAGUGUGACGGCUACGCGUGACAUACAAGCGUGGUCAUUUGGACGUUUGGAGCAGUUGUUUACCUUCCACGACAGUACAGUUGAGGGGGAUGUCAUCUUGCUGCGCAAAAGCUCAUGGGAAAAGUUUUAUCGGUUCUUGUCUCAAGAAGUUGGCAAGUUUAUCGUGCCAACGACAUUAGGCGUCGUGGAGUACGGCAUUGACGAUGCUGAAGGCUGCACGGAUGAGAGGAACGAUGAGGAUUCAGGGUUACUGCGGUUUCGUUUCACCGCGCUCGAUGUAUUUUAUCAGCAAAAUGCUAGUCUGGAUGGUGCAGCAUCCACUGGUCUGAUAUUUCAAAAACUGCUAUCUUGUUUGAUAAAGUUCGAGAAUAGCGUUACCCAGUCAAAAGUCUCGUCUGAGGGAUUGCCGAUUGAAGGCCUUAUUGAAAACGUCAGCGACAUCAAACGGUGGUUCGUCGACCUCGUUUCCAGCUGGAAGUACUUUUUUCACUGGAUUUGCCAGGACUCGGAGGUGCUGCUGAAUCAGCCAGCGCGAGGUGAUGCACGCGAGAAGACCGGAUGGUGGAAGCUUGUCGCGCGCGUCUAUAUUGGUUGUGCUAUUUGUAAUGUUGCCAUCGAACUGCUGAUGUGGAGAUUGCCUGCUGGAAACUCGAGCAAACGUGAUAGGGUGGACCACGAACUGGCUGCGUUUGAUACUGAUGAUGGUGGGAUAUCGGUUUGGUCUUUGAUGGAAGUAGAGUUUAGUUUACAGCGAAUGAUACAGAAACUUGUUUCUCGCUACGUGAACGGGGCGGGAACAAGCUUGUCGACGGAGUACGUCAAGUCGACAUUGCAUGGACUUCAUCGAGUGUUGCAACCCGCCAUGAUUCGUACUUUAACAGUUGUCGGGACAGCCCUACAAGAGACACUUACAUCUAAGUCAGCAAAGCACGAACGGCCCAAUGGAAUGUCGUUCGACGCCGUUCUCUUUGCUUUGGACUCCUGCUCUCGCAGCACUUUAGGUGAUGACGAUACGUGUGGGGCGUUAUGUCAUUGGGAUACUAGAGCCGACGAUUUAGAAGAAGCUAGCUCCAUUCUCGAAUUGCUAUUGCGCGUAUACAUCAACACUCGCAAUUACAUUGUGCCACUGCCGAACGACUCCGGCGCUGACGGCAUGAGAAUGAGAGACGAGAUGGAAAAGAAGUCUGCUUGUAGGCUGCCUCUUUCUGUUUAUGCGGACUCCAUUUCUGCCAAAUUUCCAGUGUUUGCGCGGCAUCUUGUGGCUCCUGGAAAACGUGCCAAAGCUGUUGUUCUGCUGGAUCCAAAAAGUGGAGAAGAGAUUCUAGAACGCGUCUGUACAGCCAUAGGGCGCACCCUGGAGGUGAUGACAAAGUCCUCGAGUCUUCAUUCGGUACACGACCGACUUGGACAAAUAUUGCUCAGGGUUUCGUGGAAUGGGCUUAGUGAACCGACUGAGAUCCAAGAAAUUGGCGAGCGAAACAAUUUUGCCUGUUUAUCGGGCUAUUUUUUGGGUGACAUUAAGAAUUAUGUUCAGCUAGACGGGUUCGCCAAGACCAGCGUGUCGUGCGCCUCACUAAGCAAACGUUUGCUGGACAAUACUGCGGAGAUGGUGGAUCCCGCUGUGAACUGUGUAGAUUUGUAUGAGCUUUCAUCGCUCGCGUACGACAUCUUGUGCGAUAAUGUUGUCCACAAUGCACGACUGCUUCGACUUCUCAUGAAUAUAUGUCUCCCUACUCACCUGGCGCUCCACAUUACGACUUUUGCGAUGUUGGAAGGCAAGAUUGAAGCAGUCAUUCAGACGUGCAGGUCUAAUUCGGCGGAAGAUAUGGACGUAUCAACGAGCAAGGACUGCCAUCAACGCAGACUAGCUCUAGAGAAAACGAAGAAAAGCAGUGGUGCAGUGGCGCAUCGGAAGCGUUUACGACAACAAAGUGACGUCCGGUCCCUGUACAACUUGAGUGUAGAUUCUGACACUGAUUUUAACGCUAGCUACUCUUCUGACUCCGACUUGUCUGAUGACACCAACGUAGCUGCGGAUUCACGUACAGGCGUCAUCAAGUACCGACAGUAUACUUCGUCCCAGACAGAUCGCGUUCCACAUCUCCAGUCUUGUGCGACCCGACGCAUUGCCGUUGUUACCGUUUUGGCCGCACUCGAACAAUCUCAGUCCACAUUGCUCCAAGUUCUUUCUGCUAAGCACAGAGACAAGGAGCCUUUCGAGCACGAGGAAUUGAUGGGUUAUAUUCGCAUUCACGAGGUAGUGAAUACAGCAAUCAGCGCCGACAUCGAUUUUUUGUGCGAGACUCGAAACGUGUUGCUGAAAGUUCUUCACAUGAUGGAACUGGGGCUGCGCAUUGGUAAAGCCAUUGGGACAAUGCAGCGAAAAGGAGGUGAUCUGGAAGUCAAAUGGCACGACAGUGCAAUCUGCAUUUAUGAAUUUUCGGUGAUGUCAGCAUUAAGAAACCGAGUAUGGGCAGGUGGGAUCAAGGAUGCAAGUGAGGAUUUGGAUAUCAAAACCAAGGUAUCUUCGACCUUGCUCAAAAUGGACAUAUUCUUCUUACAAGUUCCGGGCAUCGUGCAGACUUGGCUGAAAGAGAUGUCGAUACCAGGGCCGACAAAAGAACGGUUGAAGUCACUUGUGAUGAUGGUAAAGGACCAAAUUGCGCCAACCAGUUUGUCCGAAAUUCGUCGUGGAAAGGCAAAGGCUCGACAGCGCUUGCUUGGCGUCGUCCCGAUCGUGAGGAAAAGGAAAAAGCGGCUACGGAGUCGUCAUCCUGUCAUUGACGCUUUUCUCAACGAAGAAGACGGCGCAGAUGCAUUCGCUGACUUGGAAGAUUUUAUUGAAUAG